UUUUUCUAAUAAAUAAUCUGUGAAGUGUGAAAUUAAUUGUUUGGUACGUACGGUACGUACGGUAUUACUUUCAAACUUUCAAAAAUUCAAAAUUGAAACAUGAAAAAAUAUUUAUUACAUUAUUCAACAAAUUAUUACGACCCUGUAUACGAAUAUAAGGAUGUCAGGGUGCCCUUGACAAUGCUGAAACGGGUGCCUAGGGACCGUCUGAUGACAGAGGAGGAGUGGCGACGCCUCGGUAUUAAGCUGGAACAUGGAUGGGAGCACUAUAUGAUAUACUGUCGAGAGCCACACAUCCUGCUGUUUAGGCGCAAGAAGACAGAAGGUGAUGAGAAGAAUGAUGUAUAGUUAGCAAAUUUCCAUUUAAACACUACAGGUAUCCACCCUGUACAGUCAUAUUUGUUUAGAUAUAAAAAUUGGCCAAAUGUGUGUCUGGCCAUGCACAAUUUAGGAAAGGAUUAUAGUUGUUAAGUAAUAACAAAACCCACCACUCAAAUUAACAACAGAACCCCACUUUGUGUUUGGCCUAAAACAAUGUUUGCCAGUUUGUACUUCUUGAUAUAGCUUUUUAGUCAAAAACCCACCAUUAGAAUUAUUAUUUCAAAAUUACUAUUGAGAUAUUAUUUGAGUUGUUAACUUUGAUUAUAGAAGACAUACCUUAUUAUUUUAAUUUAAACUUGUAAACAUAAAACUUUAAGCUAGAUUUAUAUGCAAAAGAACUAUUUCUGUUGAUUUAUUAAGAUAGAGUUAAGUGACCAAAUUUACUUUUUAAGGAUAGUAUUAUGUGUGCCACUAUUGGACAAAUUUGUGUCUUGGGACCAUAAAAAUUGUGAUUUUUGAGCUGUGUAUAUUUAACAGCUACUAUAUUAUUAUGUUUCAGAGAUAUAAAGAGUUUAUAAGGUUAUAUCUCUUUGUGGAUAUAUCAGUUUGUUAUAGAUGUUCAUGUACGAUAGUCAUUUAAUGUAGAAGUAUUAUUAAGAGAAAAAGAAAAGCUUUUUUUGAUCUCCAACUUCUGUUUUAUAUUAAAAGAAUACACUAUGAACUGUUGUACGGUUAAUUCAUAGUUUAUUGUUAAGUAUAUUGAAAGCCUUUGUUAGUCUGCCUAUAGUGUAUUCUUAUUACUAACUAUCAUUAGUUUAUUUUAUUAUAUAGGGUUUAACUUCUGAACUCCAUUAAAAUAAUAUGUUCCUUUAUGAUUAUUAAGUCUUAUCAAAGUGAUAUAUCUCUUUGAGAAUAUAUUAGUUUGAUAAGCAUGUUCGUGUAAGAUUAGUCAAGUGUUAUUAGGUGGUUAAAAGAAAAGCGGCUGUUGAAAAAAGGAGGAGGUUACUCAAUUCCACCGUAUAUAUAUUUUUUUAUAUUGAAAGAUUAUGAAUGUGAGUUGAUAGUUUACUAUCAAGUUCAUUUUGAUAUUAAAUUUAUAUUUUAAAAGGCUUUGCCACAAUGUAAUUUGAGGACUGUAUUCUGUAAUUUUUAAAAAAGAAUCUACAUAUAGUGUAAUCUUUCAUAAAGUGUCUAUCUUGAGAAUAGAUUAUGAUUAGUUUAUGGGUAUACCAACUAUCUCUUUAACUAGAUUUAAGAGUCGGUACGGAGUACCUUACAUGCAUGUUUAUUUACAAAAAGAAGCUUGUAAAGAUGUGUUGCUCUAUUUCAAAAAAGUAAAAAAAAAAACUUUAGGAAACAAGCUUUUUAGGAAUGUGUUAAAAUAAAUGAAAAAGAGUUUUACUCAAAAUUUUAAAUUUACAUAUAAAGUUAUUACAUAAUUUAUAUGGUAUAAAAGCUUGUCGCGAGCUUUUAGUUCUUGUACUUCCUUAGUUUGAAAAUUUUCAUGUUCAAAUAUAAUUAUAUUAUAAAAGUAUAAUAUAAACACGUAUAUUUGAAGUCUGCUUCGAAAUUGAGUUGCAAGCUUUCUUUGUCAGAAAAUACACAUAUAUUUUUUUCUUA